GUUGAGCCCAGGCCGCGGGUGCGGAGGGCGGCGCCGCGGGGCGGGGGCCGAUGGGGCCUGGCGGACUGGCGGCGCCGGCGCGGGGCUCGCCUGGACGCGGGUGUGCGGGGCAGUGAGCGGGCGAGGCGGGCGCUGCGGCCCUCCCGGGAUGGGCCGGCCCUGGCCUGGCGGGGCCGAGCCGGAGGCGAGGGCGGCACGCGGGCCAGGCCUGCCGGGCGGGCGGCCCGGGGGCUGAGGUAGAAGUGGGCGCGGAGGAAGGGGCCGAGCCAAGGCGGUGGGUGGAGCGGCGAGGGGGGCGGAGGCUGGGCCGCGGCGGGCGAGCGGAGCGGCGCGCCUGUCCGGGGCUCGGUGGCGGCGGCGGCGGCGGCUCUUGAGGAGGCUGAGGCGGCGGCGGCGGCGGCGGGCCGGACGAGCGCCCGGAGGUGGCGGACGAGGCGCCGGGGGCCCCCAUGGGCGGGUGUGUGGGCGCCCAGCACGACUCCUCGGGCAGCCUCAACGAGAACUCGGAGGGCACCGGAGUCGCUUUAGGUCGUAACCAGCCUUUGAAAAAGGAGAAACCCAAAUGGAAAAGUGAUUAUCCCAUGACAGAUGGACAACUGCGCAGCAAGAGGGAUGAAUUUUGGGAUACUGCACCAGCUUUUGAAGGUCGUAAAGAGAUUUGGGAUGCCUUGAAGGCUGCAGCACAUGCUUUUGAGAGCAAUGAUCAUGAACUGGCACAAGCAAUCAUUGAUGGUGCAAACAUAACAUUACCACAUGGUGCACUUACAGAGUGCUAUGAUGAACUGGGAAACAGAUACCAGCUUCCAGUCUAUUGCUUGGCACCACCAAUCAACAUGAUCGAGGAAAAGAGCGACAUAGAGACUCUGGAUAUUCCUGAGCCACCACCUAAUUCUGGAUACGAAUGUCAGCUCCGUUUGCGCCUUUCCACAGGCAAAGACCUCAAACUUGUGGUCCGCAGCACAGACACGGUAUACCACAUGAAGAGGAGGCUACAUGCAGCAGAAGGAGUGGAACCGAGUAGUCAGCGAUGGUUCUUUUCUGGCAGACCUCUCACAGACAAAAUGAAGUUGGAAGAGCUGAAGAUCCCAAAGGACUAUGUUGUACAGGUUAUAAUGAGCCAGCCUUUGCAAAACCCAACACCAGUGGAGAACUGAUUGGUCCUAUUGGCUGGUCCCCAGGUCCCUCCCACCCCUUUUUAUUGUUGUUGUCAUUUCCUACUCUAUGGCGUGAAAUUUAUUUUCACUGCUCUGAAUUCCGUAUGAAUGGAUUUAGUUCUGAGGAAUUACCAGUGAAAAAUUCCAUCUGUGAUGGAGACCAACAAAAAUAAUUAAUAAAACACAAAGAGCCAGCCUUUGAGACUCAUGUAAUUACAGUUUCUAAUUUGUAAGGCAGUUAAAAAAUAGAUAACCAUUUAUUUUAAAAUAGCCAACAACAAUGUAAUGACUGUAUUUAAACAAUUUGGACUGUAAAUAGAAUGUUAUGUCCAUGAAGAACAGCACCAAGCACCUUGUGAAUACAGAAUCAAAAAAAAAAAAAAAAUAGAUUCAAGAAAUCAUCAAUAACAGUUAUAAAACUUGAGCUUUUUAAAAUGGAAACUGAAAAGAGCAGUAUUCAAGGUUCACUUCUAUUCUGGUCUUGAUUCUUUGCUCAAUAGUAUUUAGCCAUAAAGGAGUAGAGACUGGCAAAUUGUGUUUUAGUAUUGCUUUCCCCAUCCCCAUAUCUUGAGCUCCUUAUUUACAUUCACACUAAAUUUUGGUGCCUUCCAACACAUUGGUGGCAGGCACCCUUCUGGAACACUAGGCAAUAAUUUAGUGCGGUCAGAUCUCUGAUUUUCAGCUGAUACUCACUUGAAAAGUCACUUGUCCAUUUGCUGCAUAGAUAUUUUGAAAUGUCUCUAUGAUGAAGCUGUUUUUAUAUCCAGGCUUAGAAGGUCACUACAAUGUAAUACCUUCAAUUCAUCUACUACUGUGCUUGGGACUUUUCAGCAUGUUCCCCCAAAUGCACUGGGCCAGGGAAUGCAAGGAAUCAAGGGCAAGUGUUCCCACUAUAAGAUAAUAAGGUAAAUUCUCUCUUCUCCCCCACUCUGCAGGAAGGGUGUAAGGAAAACCCAUUGUAUCUGUGCCUGGGAGAAUUGUGCCUAUUUUCAGUCUUUAAGAGAAAAUUUCAACUCCUAAUUUACUAGUAUGUUUACGGACAUCGCUUAAACAUCAGCAGUGAGACCAAAUGAUGAAAUAUUGCUUUAUAUGUUAGUGCUUUCCAGUUCACUGUUACCUCUACUUGUGGUGGAUAACAAUUUUCCUCUCUCAUCUUUCCUAGCAAAGAGUCCAGUUAAGAACCAUCUGCAGAUUAGAUGAGAAGACAAAAAAAUCUGAUGAGAGCGCCUGAUUCUCUCAUACUAUGACUGGAAUAAAGCUGCCAAGGGUUAUAUUUAAUUUGGAGCCUUUUCGAAGUUCCACAAAUGAGAAGGGGGCUAUCCCAUAAUCACUGUAGCCCCGAGCCUCGGUGAGAUGGCAAGGUAGAGGCAGGAAGGUGCUUAUACUGCUCUCCCUGGAAAAUGAUCAGACCUCCACACCUAUUUGGAUGAGAAGCACUAUUAUUAUUAAUUUUAACGGCAAAAUGAAACUGCUAAUUAAAUGUAAAGUUUAAAAUGGCAUUAAAUUUCCUAUAGCCUGAUUAGAUAUAAUAUCUGUAAUUGUAACUUCUGUUUCUGAGAGCUUUACUUCCCUUUCUUUAUGCAAUCAUCUUAAAGAUUGUGGCUACAUUUAAUUUAGGAUUGCUAAUAAUUGAAUCUAAAUUCAAGAGAUGAUAGCAGCGUUCAUUCCGAAGGAGUAUUUUGAUAUUUGAAGGUAGAGGUUUGAGGGUAUUUGACUGUAACGCCCUGUCAUCGAAGAGUUUCGUUGUCAUUUGUGUGCCACAUAGACUAAUAGCAACAUCUCUCAAAGUCAGACAACUGGAAAAGUGUUCAAACCUAUUUUUCUUAAGUUACAUUGGGUGAUAUCAUCAAUAAUCUAUGGUUGGUAAGAAGUUUUCUUGUUUGUUUAGAAUUUGAGCUCUCAAGAAUUUAUUUUGUUUUAAAGGAAAAUAUACUUUGCAUAACAAUUUUCUGGGCAUGUUUAACCUGGAUGAGAAAACCAUGGUGCUGUUUAAUGUAAAUAGAUUGAUAUAAGAUUGGACCAAUACUUGAUGUGUACAAUUUUAGUAUGUAGGGUUUUUGUGCUUUUUUAAAAAAAAAAAAAAGUUCAAUUUUUCUCUUUG